CACACGACCACGUCGAAUUGGACCACCCAUGGCCACCUGGUGGGUCCUGGCCGCCUGUGCUGCUCAAUCCUUGGCUCGCACUCCGAGCUUCGGGAAUGACUGGCCGCUGCGGCAGGUAUGCAGCAAUGUGGGGCAAGUGAAGUGGCGAGAGCUCUCGGCUUCUCUUUGGGAUCAGGUGCGGCGCAGCGAUGUGGGGCAGCCGCUGCGUCGCUCUGAGGUGCUGGCCCUCGCGGCGCGGUCCGCUGAGGUGAACGACCGCUUUGGCUUCGGCCACCAGCUCGAGGAGGUCUGCUGGAUAGGACUCCUGACUCUUCAGUUCUGGGAGCUCGUGAUGAAGUUCCCGCUGCUGCACACCGCAGAUCUCCAGGGUGAGUGGGCGCUGCUGUCGAGCGCGGACUGGUCCCUGGUUUUGCUGACGGACUUUCCAAUCUUUGGACUACUGCGCCAAGUCCAAGCGUCGGUGAACUCCUGCGAGGCGUCGACACAACGCCCCGCGGAACGCCUGGUCAGUGGUGGUCCCCGCCGAUGUCCCUUGCCGCGAUGCGACCUACUGGAUGACGAUGUGGAGGAUCAGCAACACUAUUUGGAUGCUCUCGUGAACUCCGCCCUUGCGGACGAGGCGCUCUACCUGAUGAGGAGCUCGAGUCUUCCCCGAUGCCCGCUGGGGCAAGCGGCCAACACGCUGGCGCUGGCGUUGGUGGAGGUCUCCCGCUGGGGUGGCCGCUCCGCUUGGCCCAAGCUGGCCCAUUUGGUGUCUAGUGCACAGCAGCAGGUGACGAAGUAUUUGGAGGAGCUUCCGAACUUCCCUGCGCGACAGGACGACCUGGGGCCCACCGACCGCUUCAGCGAGCUGUUGUCCUCGCGUUGGGAGUUGGUUGGUUUGCUCCAUGCACUGCAGGUGCGCUUGCACAGAUCCACCGAUCUGCAUCGUUCUCGACCUUUGCCGUGGCUGGUUUCAGAGGCACCUGCUGGCACGGCAGUGCUGCAGGAUGCUGAGAGCCUGCUCGGGGGCUUUGUGCGCUACUUGCUGGCAGAGCUCCGAUCCGAGUUCUGGGGCGCGGGCGAUGGGGUGGAGAACCUGGUUCGACACGCGCUGCCAGCAGGCCGUGGCCAAGGAGAACGUGUCUUUGUGGACAUCGGAGCCUUCUGCCAUGCACAUGAGUGCCUGAGCCGACAGCUCUUAAGCGAGGUGGCCAGGGAUCAACAUGGCCGCAUCCAAGUCUUUGCCUUCGAGCCGAACCGGCGAAACUUCCUUCGCACUCAGGCCCAACUCACGCGCUUGCCACGCCGCUGGCAACGGCACUUGCACCUGCGCCGGGCGGCUGCAGGGAACCACAGCAGUGAGGCCUGGCUCCAUGGCUCCGGCCCCAAGGCCUCCCUGAAGGUGCAGUGCUGUGAUUCCUGGCACGCUGUGAUUCACCUGUCAGGCAGGUGCAUACGGUGGUCUUCUUUGGCGCCAACUGGGCGAGGGCCGCGUGCAGAGCUCCAGCGACGAACACACGGAGCGGGUCCCAGUGAAGCCCUUAAGCGCUCUGCUGCAGGUCUCUUCGAUCGAGCUGCUGAAGAUCGACGUGGAGGGAAGUGAGUUGGAGGUGUUGGAGGGCGCCUGGCCGCUGAUCGUCCAAGAGCGGGUGACCAGCAUCAUCUUGGAAUACUCCCAUUUCUGGGCAGAUGCCAAGCUAAAGCGCCUGGCCAAAGAUCUGUCCGUCGUGGGCUAUGAUGGAUACUUCCUGGGGACCAAAUGCUUUUUGCCCAUCAGUGGCCCUCAGAUGGAGUGGUGGCACGACCUCUACGAGAUCUGUGCACAGCCACACGCACGCAGCUGAACUGCAAGCAUGGCUCAUCUGGGGCCACAGUGACCAACAAACAGGCCUAGGUGGCACCAUCCUUCUUAGUGGGCCUC